AUGACAGGCCUAUCCCAGUUGAUCAGGCCACAGUCACUGACUCCUCCGCUGUUCAAGAAGAGACCGCAGAAGUCACCAAAUCAGCCCCCUGCAUCUCUAGAUUGCCAAAUCGAUACCUCUCCUAUCGUCAUUGUCAAUGAUGAUGCGACCGAUGGCUCUACUAUCCCGGGUUCACUACUCUUCAACGUUGAAGAGACCAUCGAAGUUGAUAACCUCUUUGCCACAUUGCGAGUACAUUUAGUUCACAAGAAACCUUUUAAGAGAGCAUGCAAGGCGUGUAAGCACCAGAUAUCGGAGCUCAAGCGUUGCCAGUUCAUCACAACGACGACUUCACUGGACCGCGACAGUUAUGCAUAUAGAUUCUCUUAUCGAGUACCGAGUUACACACCUCCUUCUAUGGACACGUCACUGGUUUCUGUCACAUAUGAAUUCCAAGCCAUAGCCUCCGUACGGCGAACAGGAUCACAGUCAAAACUGCCAGAGAUGAUCACACUCAACCGCACCCUUCCCGUCGCCAGAUCAAUACCAGUGCCUAGCAGACCUUUAUUAUCAACUAGGAUAUACCAAGCUGCUGGAAUCGAGGUCGACUGCAGUUUCGAUCCUGUCCUUGACCCCAGUGAAAAGAAUCACGUGAAACUCACUAUGACCGGCCUUCGAAGCUGUCCUGACAAUGGGGAGGACAUCCAGUUCUGGCGAGUAUGUAAGGGCACUUGGAUGCUUCAGGAGAAUAUCAAGAGCACCGCUGUGGCUUGUUCGCAGCACGCACAAGAAUGCCAAGCAGAUGAAAAGAGCCACGCACAAAAGAAGACAAUUACUCUAGGCGAAUCCUCGUUCUACGACGGGUGGACCACAGACGACGAUGCAGGAACGCUCAGCAUGGAGUUUCCUUUCUUUAUGAAGGCCUCCAGGUUCACCCAAGAUACCGGCGAUGUCGGCGAUACAUCAGUCACCCAUUCCCUGGUGCUGGAGCUACAGCUGAUGAAGGAGACUUAUCCCCAAGGUAACCCAGAUCUAUCUGUCAGGACUGGAGUAGGUCGCAUCCUUAGAUCUGAGCAUCGGGUCGUGUUGAGCGACUUUGCGAGGGCUUCAGAUCACGUUGAAGAGGAGAGUUUGCCCUGCUAUAACGAGCUCCGGCCUGGACCACCACUGUAUCGGGAGAAGGAUUCUCAGUAA